UCUGCGUAAUACCGUUUUCCUGCACAUCGCUUCCGGGUAGGAGUUCAGUUGCGAUACUCUGUUUCUUGAACGUUUGAGUGUUCGGGUUGUUUUUGUCUUGUAGCAGGGCACUGUAAAGUUAUGCACGUAUUUGUGAGAGAUGUUUUCUGUAGAACCACCGUGGUUGCUGUUCCACCAGAAUGGAAGUCAGUGGGGGAUCUUGCAUGUUUCUUCAGCUGUGAGAAAGGAGUUCCUGUUGAGGAUUUCUACGUGAAGUGUAAUGGCCGCUUGGUUACCACUGAUGAGGAACUGCAUCAUGGAGUUGUGUACAUCCUGGAGCCUCGAUUAUGUGGUGGGAAAGGAGGCUUUGGAUCCAUGCUUCGAGCACUUGGUGCACAGAUAGAGAAGACAACAAACAGAGAGGCAUGCCGAGAUUUGAGUGGAAGACGCCUGCGAGAUGUUAACCAUGAAAAAGCGAUGGCUGAAUGGAUAAAGAAACAAGCAGAAAGGGAAGCAGACAGAGAGCAACGAAGGAUAGAAAAACUUAAACGCAAGCUUGCAGAACCGAAACAUUACUUCACUGAUGUACAAUAUGAACAACAGUGUCAUGAACUUUCAGAACGCCUGGAUGAUUCUGUAUUUAAAGGUAUGCAGGCAUCCUGCAGCAGUGUGGUGUCAGCAGGAGAGGGAACUAGUCAAAAGCGUCCAAGUGAAGGGCUGAAGCAUAAGACCAAGUCAGCAAAGAAGAAAUGCCUUUGGUUGGGCGUAGAAGGUCUUGAAGCUGCCAAAGAUGAAGACAGCAAUGAAGAUACUGAUGACAGCAGUGAUAUAAGUGAUGAUUCAGAUGAGUCUAGCUCUUCCUCAGUCGAACCACUGGGAAAUGCAGACCGAUCUGGUGACUUUUCCAGCCACAGUAGUUUUGAGGAACGACCAGGGUGUGUUCUAGAUGAAUAUAUCUCUAAAGAGAUUUCUGCCGAGAGUAACAGCUGCAUUAAAGUGACAGAGGAGAAUAAAAGCGAUUGUAAGGAGAGUACUCAUGAAAUUACAUCUGCUAAAUAUGCAGAUAGCGCUGUAGAGACCUCGGUGCAGAAGGAAGACCGGUGUAGUGAAGUCACAGCAGAGGAAAAUGAGUGUAAGGAGACCCCUUCAAGUAACAAAGCUACAAAUGAGAAAAGUCAAAAUAAAGAAGGCAUUAUUAAUGAAACAUCUGUACAUUGUUCAGAGCUGGCGGAUGGUCAUGCUGCCAAAACAGAGGAGGAUAAAACCAUCUUGAAGACCAAAGAGGAUGCAGAGAUGGUUGUGAAUUCCAGUACUGAGAAUGGCCGAAAUAGCCAAGUGUCCAUUUCUGAUUCUGGACCACUUGAUUUGAUGUUUUUCAACUCUGCAGCGGAGCUGGAAACCCUAGGUUUGGAAAGACUCAAAGCUGAACUGAUGCACUUGGGUUUGAAAUGUGGGGGUACACUACAGGAGCGCACAUCAAGACUUUUCAGUGUCAGGGGACUCUCAAAAAAUCAGAUCGAUCCAAGACUGUUUGCCAAACCUCCCAAAGGGAAAAAAUAAAACAGAAUUGUUUAAAUUUGUAUGAUUCUGAAAAUUAUAGUAGGUAAAAUUAAUUUAUGUAAGUUUUUAUCAUAGUAAUUAUUUUGGAGGCUACUUUUUAAACGUCGUACUGUUUGUUGGCAGUGUACAAGAUGGAACUUUGACUUGGUUUUGACAAUAGGUGGACCCAUUGUAUUUACCAGCAUAUCUAUCCAGUUACAAACAUAAAUAAAGCAAUAUAUAUUUUUAUUAA